UUCACGUCUACUACCACUUGUGGGCCCAACCAGUCCUCCAGUCUAAUAGGACAUUACCUCUACGAUGUCCGGUACUGGUCCUCGCGAAAAUGUCUUCGCUACGCGCAUGGCGUUGACCAACAUGAAACUUCGCUUGAAAGGAGCAGAGACAGGCCACUCCCUCCUUGCUAAGAAGCGCGACGCGCUCACAACGAGGUUUAGGGCGAUUCUGAAGAAAGUGGACGAGGCUAAGCGGAAGAUGGGUCGGGUGAUGCAACUCGCUUCAUUCUCAAUGGCGGAAGUUACCUAUGCCACGGGAGACAUAUCCUACCUCGUGCAGGAGCAAGCAAAGCUGGCCACGUUUCGUGUCAAAGCUAAGCAGGAGAAUGUAUCUGGGGUCCUCCUUCCUGCAUUUGAGGUCGAUCGGGUUUCUGGCUCAGAUUUCAAUUUGACGGGUCUCGGUCGUGGCGGACAACAAGUAUUACGGGCGAGGGAAGUAUAUGCAAAAGCUAUUGAGACUCUCGUCGAGCUUGCAUCCCUUCAAACCGCUUUUACCAUCCUUGACGAAGUUAUAAGAGCCACGAACCGCCGCGUCAAUGCCAUUGAACAUGUCAUUAUUCCGAAACUCGACAACACAAUCAAGUAUAUCCUCAGCGAACUAGAUGAGAUGGACAGAGAGGAGUUCUUCAGGCUGAAGAAGGUGCAAGGCAAGAAGAAGCGAGAUGCAGGCGCUGCAGAACAAAGUCGACAAGAGACGGAACAGCCAGUCGAAGAUGUAGAGGGUGUCGGCGACUUGCUCAGCAGUAAAGACGACGAUGUCAUUUUCUGAUAGGUCAAUUGGGGGUCGCCAUGCUUAAAUACGUUUGAUCGGGAGCUUGUCCUUCCUUACUAUAGCCUCAACGAUCAUUUUCAAUGCCACCGUCAUGUUGGUAGGUGGAAAUCAUGGUGCAUAUCAUGACGUAACGAGUGCAUGUACAUACGCAGGUUUUGGCCCCGUGUUCUCGAAAGAACAGAUAAACGAAGAGCGUCAGAAGGCUAUUACUAUAAAAACAAGAUAACC